UGUCACUUUAUCAGUGACAAUCAAGCCACAUGCAACCUUGAAAUUCCCACUCUAGCCCAUUCACUCCAGGUUGCAAGCACGACUCCCAGCAGUGCCUCUUACAGAAAUCCACGUCUUCCAGUCCAGGUCACGGAAACCUCCGUUUAACCUCAGCCAGCCCUUCACCUGACCAGCUCCUAAUUCCUAAUGUGCUCCACGAGUGGCACAAGGUGUAACCGCCCAGGAAAUGCGGCGCAGAGAGCAUCAGCUGCUUGCCCCAAAUUCACUCUGCAGAACUGAGCGCUGCCUUUGGGCAGAGGUCACCUGUGUCCCAGGAGCGCAGCACGCUGCUGCAGGACAGACCCAGAGGGGAAGACGUGUUAGUGCCACCAGCAGUCCUCAGAAGAAGCCCUCCCACACCAGCCUUCGCAGCACUCCCCGCACGGAUAUCCACCCAAUACUUUGGGAACAGCUGUCCACCGCACCCAGAGCAUCCCCCUCCCGGCACUGCUUCCCCCUCGGGACAGGAGCGGCGGGAAGGGCGGCCUCUCACCUGGAGGAGCACGGCCAGCAGGACGCACAGAGAUGCACUGCUAAACCUACAAGCAAAUAGUCAAGAGGUGAGAACCACAGAUCUGCCCAUGGGGAGGACAGGAAAACUAACAAUCAGCCAGCAUGGAUGAAACACCUCCCAGGAAAGGAAAUGCAACACUUGAGGAAACACCAUCAAAGGCAAUGCAAGAGAAGCAGCAGACAGCACACUCAAAGAGACAAGAGCCAUGAGCCAUGUCCAGAAAUGGGUGCACUUCUGUCAACUCUGUGGAGCAUAACCCCCAGCUUGAGCUCCAGUUGUCCUACUCAUUGUCCUAACAACCCCAAAUCUGGCUUUCAUGGAAAGAACUGUGCACACCAUGGAAAGAGGCACUUCAGCUUCAGUACUGAGGUGAUAGAAGUGUUUCCUUCUACAGAACUUCUGAAUGGCUUGGACUCAUCUUUCCUAGAGAAAUCCACCUUUGAGUGGCCAUGAGAAACAGGCAGACUGCAGCCUCCAGAACAAACAUUUUAGAAAGUUAUGAGUGACUGAAGAUUAGUGAACAGAACAAACUGUUUCACUGACUUUAGCUGUAGCUGUCAUUACCACAACACCCACAUCAGCAGGUGGAAAGGAGGAGAGGUGAGGCAUCAUGCAGCACUCCACUCAGCUGCGUGGCUGAGCACUGACAAACUCAAUUUGCUGGAGGAGAGCAUGAGAUGACACGGUGCAGUCGCUGCUGCUGUGAUAUGGACAAAUGGCCUCUUUUGUUCCAAGCAAGACGUCACCUGUCCUGAGGAAGUGCAUCUGUGCAUAGGAAUGGUCUGACAGCCCCAGGCUGGAGUAUGUGUCUCUCCCAACUACUCUGUCACCCAGACACAAAUGAAUUCACAUCUCAGCAAAUGGGAGUUGGUCCCUAGAGAGCCCUUCCCAGGACGCUUGUCAAGAAUGGACUGACCAUACAACUCGCAGAAACCAGCAUAAAGCCAGUUACAGCUGGCCUAAGCUAUACAAGUAGAAAUAAAAUAGUCUUGAACACUCCACAUGCUCGUGAAAGCCUUCCUGCUCAUCACCAGGAGAUGCUGAUAUUGGCCAUGGCUGGGGAAAAGACACUGAACUGGGCAGAGUACCUGUGAGGUACUUCCUGUGAGGCCCUUCUUGCCCUGCAUGUCAGGAAAGAGCAUUCCCCAUGGCUACACACACAAACAUCAGAUUUAAAAAUAGCCAAGUUCCACCUCGACUGUGGGCGAGUGAAAGACAGAAGACAGAUGCAUUGGCUGCCAGCUAGACUUGACAUCUACUUUUUCUUUCCUCACCCUGGCAGCCAGCAGUUGCACACAUGUGCACAGGUAAGGUCCUCAGUGGCAAGGCACACAGUGUCUGCCUCCCCCUCCAUUCACUGACUGCUGCCUGCCAGCCGUGUGUGUCUGGGAGCCACGGAAACCCACACUCCCCAUUUAGUGAUCAGGCAUGUAUAAAAAUCACCAAGUUCCUCCUAUUUGUCCUACUUAAUUCACAAAUUCCUCACUAGUCAUUUAUGUGUGGAGAUUGCUAUCGAGUUCAUUGCAAAGGUUAACACAUCUCUGUUUCUGGCUUGUUUUGUUAACUUCUUUAGUGCUUGAUCCACAUGGACACUUUCCUUCGCUCCAACCUAUAUAAUGAUUGUGUGUGCUCGUGCAUGACUGGUCUCACUUUCAGACCGUGGCCCAGGUCAGUUAAAGGUGAUCAAUUUCAAGGAACAAGUCUUGGUCUUGCUUCCUUCCUCUUACCCAGACUGCAGGAGAUUCCUCCUCUGUUUCUUCACUGGCUUUAAUCCACCCACUGUUUAUGCUUCCAACCAAAUUUGCUCAUUGAAAACAUAAGGCACUACUGCCCACAUACUCAAUGCUACUCUUCAUGUGCUCAUCAGCAACAGAAGCCACAGUAAUUCAGCAAACUUGGCUACUUUAUUUGCAAACAUGUUUACAAGCAUCUCUUUAUUAAUUUACCUAAAUUACAUGGCUCACAGAGAAGUCCUUUCCAUGGGAAAUUAUGGAUGCUGAAAAGUCACAUGCAUUCAAACCACAAAUUGACAAAUUCAAAAAAGGAAAAUUCAUCCAGUGCAUUAAACUUUAAUUGACUGGAUGUCAGGGCACUAUUUGAGGGCAGUGUCACUGUAGAUUUAUGUUAUUCUUACAGGUUUCCCUCUUUUGGUAAUGCUGAAAACAAGACACCUUUGGUCUAACCCACUGUGGACAUUCUUAUGUUUUUACAUCUGUUUACCAUAACUUUAGUGUGAUAUGAUGUCCUAAUAAACCUGUUCCAGGAGCAUCCAGGUUGCAUUAGGGUCUUACAGACACACUGUAGAGCACAGCAAGUAUUUCUUGUUCUACAUUCAGAGCUUGGCAUGCUAAGCAUCACAUUUCUGGUCCAGGAAGAUGGACAGGAAGAAUGGAAAAUAUCCCAUUAUCAGAACAAACUUAGAAAUAAAACAGACUUGCUCUCUUCUGCAUAAUGACAAGGCAUUGAAUCUUGUCCGGUUUAACAAAAAGAAGGCUGCAGAAUUGAUAUGGCCACAACUAAUAAAUACUGACCUAGGAAGGACCAAGAGAUGUUUGGGUUUGCUCAGGCAUGUCUUCUCUUUCUGUCUGAAAUGUUUGCCCAGGUGGAAUUUUCCCAUUUGUCAAAAAUUCCCAGACAUUUGACCUGAGCAGCAGCAAUAACUGUAGCUAUGCUCUGCAUGACCAGAAAGUCCAAGCUAAUAACUGGUGUAUGCAGACAUAUCAGCAGUACAGCACACAUGCAUAUACCUGUUUAAAACAUCCCACCUAAACUUGAUAACAUAAUAAAAGAGAACUCUUAAUCCAGGGGCCAAGCUGGAUGCUGCAGAUGUGCAUACUCAUUUUUCACAUCAGUGUUUCCAACAGUGGGGAGAAAAAGCUGGUGGAGUAACUUUCCAGGCAUCAUUGGGAAUCCUCCACCACCAUCAAUGUUUAAACCAUGAAUGGGUAUUAUUUCUGAAAAAUACUCCUAAAGGAAAUGAAGAGGGAAGUCCUGUAGCCUUUCACUUGUGGGGAGAUGCUCACAAUGAUCCCUUCUGCCUUUAAAAACUCCUCAUCAUCCUCCAUUUCUCAAAAUACCCUUCUCUCAGGAGAGCUGUGACUACUCACUGGCAUCACAAGGACGAUCUUUGGAGAGGUCAAGACAAUGUGGUAGUGAAGGGGCAUGACCACCCUCCUGAGCACACCUGGCUCUUUACAGUGGCAGCUGGAUCUUAAUGCCAUGUCUCCUCUAGUCCAACAAGCAAAGGAAAAAACUAGAAGUGAAGACCCAGAGACAUAAGCCAAAGGCUGCACUCAGACAAAAAAGAAUAGGAUUUUGUCCAAAAGCCAUACAUCUCAACAGGAGACUACUGAUUUAAACAUAGCAGCCACUCCCAGGGAAGUCACACUCAUAUUUGCAAUGGAGCAGCUGAGGGCCCUGACUGACCCACAAACACUGGCAGACCUCAGCCAGGGUGAACUCACAUCCAGACCUGGUGGCCCUAGUACCUCUGUUCAUGGGACACUAUUUUUUUCCCCUUACCCAGCUGCAGGCUGUUCCUGCCAGCACCCUCAAAGCUCCUGACCUGUUAUUAAAACAGCCUCAGAGAAAGUAAACAUGACCAAUGGAAAAACAAAAAAUAUCACCCAAAUGUCUAAGGAAGCCAUGAGCUACAUCCAGCACAGAUUUUUCAAAAGGACAAGGAUUUUCAUGGCUCAGCGUUCUAAUUUGUUUGACCGUUUAUUUCCAAGGAACACAUCCAAGAGUGACAAGCUCCAUUUAUUUCAAUGGGCAGCAUAUGCCAGCAACGUGAAUGGCGUACGCUAUAAAAGAGAAUGGAUGUUCUCAAGCAUCCUAGAAAGCUGUCCUUUCGGCAGACGGAGGACAUGGAGGUAAUGGAAGUGCAGCUCUGCUCUGACAAGCAAUGCCAUAAAAGCAGCAUCCUGGGUUCUCAUGCUUGAUGUCUGCCCACGGCAGACCUGAGAGAUUUGCUCAAGCUGAAAGUGAAAAAUUAUUACCUAAUACCUGGCCCAGCACGGGAGAGAGCAGUUGGAUUCUUUUCAUUGUUCUACUUUUCCAGGCCAGAAGGAUAUCUCCUUGGGACAUAUGGCCACUUCAGGGUGUUAGUGCUUCACCCCUUUAGACUUUCAGAGGCUACCAACUAACCAAGAUUAUUCUCACAAAUUUUAUCACCUUCAAAUAAUUGUCUGAUGUGAAUAUGAGAUGUUCACACAAGAAAGUGCCCUCUUUUCAUAAAAUACCAUCAUGUGGCAGCACUGUUUUCAGUCUUAUCUCUUUGUACUACAUCCUGAAGACAAUCCUCUUCUGAAUCUUGCCUUUCCAAAGUCUGAUUCCACUGAAGCCUGAAAAACCAUGAAUUGUGAGUCUGUCACAAAUUCAGUACCGCCUAUAACUUGAUAUUGUUUGGUGGCCUGUGACAUUUAACUGUAAGUCUAAUAGGGGUGGGCAACUUUUAUUGGCUAUCAUUAAUGAAUAAACUAAUAUUAGUUCUGUGUUAGGACUUACCUAGGGAGCAGUCUAGUUCAUAAGGUUUUAUUGGCUUGUCAGCAAGCACUGGAUGUCAAAAUAGAAUGAUUCUCAUCUUGCCUUUCAGUGAGAUGGCCCCAAAAAAGGUUGGGUGUGGCUUUGUUCAUACUGAGUCUUUCUCUCUUUUUUCUUUCACUUUUCAUUCUCAUUAAACUUAAGAGGUUGCUGGGAAGGAGCAGUGUGAUCUGUAAUGCUGUCCACAGGAAACCACCCACCCCCCCCUCCCCCUUCUCCUGUAUGUCCAGCAUCUCAAGCCUGGUAAAGAAGAAGAGAUGUUCCUGACUCCCUUACAGCCCUCCAUCAUGGCAAAAUGAAAUCCCAAAUUCUCCUUCAGGAGAUUCAUGUCCACCUGUGCUGCAAGGCUCACUAUCCUGGAUUUAGUCUGCAGUAAGGCCAUAGCCAUACAAUACUUCUGGAUGCCCAUUGUACAGACUGGAGACCCUUAUUGUGAAACUGUUUUGCCUGUUCACUUUCUCUUCAGCUUGUGGGUUGCAGUUCCACCUUUUAUAGAGAAGCCAAAUCAAUGCUGUUCAUGCCACUGAGGGCAUCUUUGAAACCGUGUAGGAAUCUUAGCUUGCCUUCAUGCCAGUGAGGUGCUUGCAUAGUGAAGAGGCCAACCAUAGACUUGUGGCUGGCUCUGUGUAUAUUUGGGGAUAUAAGUCAUAAUAAAAUCAAAAAUAUAAAUCAUUGGGACCAUACUGAUUGCCAGCAUGUAGCACUUGCUGUGAGCUAUUUUCUAGGGAAAAGACAAAAAAUGAUUGAGGGAAAGCUAUAGUCAUCCUCCCUUUGUCAAAGUGGAACUUUUUGUUUCCAUCAAAUGCACUUUUGUUCCUCAAUUUCUGAUUGUUUCAGGUGACUUCCACGCCUGGGCCAGUUGGCCCCAUGUGUGCUGAGCUCUCAAAAACAGCCUCUUGCUCCAGGUGUGAGUGGUGAGAGUCAGGAGAGCUCUCUGCUGGGAGAAUUUGGCCCUGCUUCUGGGCUUUGGGGCUUUAUUAGGUCAAAGAAGAGCCAGGCUGUCAGCUCCAGCAUUUCUGACUGGCGUUUUAAGGCUAAAGAUACAGACUUACACCCUGUGUCUUGCAGUUGAUAUGAGAAGAUUUGCAGUAUCCCAGCAGAGAGGUUUGGGAAGACACCCCAGGCCUGGCAUGCCCAGGGCAAACUGGAAUGCUCUACAUUUAACAAUCUGGCAGGGGGGCAGUGGGGUAAUAGAUUCCCAGGGGCAGUAACCGGUGUCAAAAAUGUCCAUCAUAACCGAACAGCCUUGUGAAGUAACUGUGUGGUCUUUUCCUGAAAAUUAAAACUAAAAAGCAAGCCAUAUGAUGACAGCAUCUGUAGCAGAGAGCAGGGUGGCUUGCAUGAAUUAGCAGCUUCCUGGCUGUUAUCUGUGGCAGCCUUAGCCAGCUACUUAUUCCAUCACCUGCAGCUUCUGUGGGCUGAGGCCUCAGACUUACACCUUGGGGAGCACUGCAAGCCAAAGCCCCCAGCACUGAGCUACAGUCAAAAAAGAGCUGGAGAAGGUCUCCUCCACAGCUUUCUCACUGAAGUCUGGGAUCGUGGUCAUUUGAUGGAAUGGGAUCUUGGGUCUUGAAAUCUGGAGCACUGUGAAGGUUACCAGUAAGGUGGGCUGAUUGGGAAUGUGCCACAGCCCCAGUGACUUGCAUCCGAAUCUUCCUGGCAUGUCCCACUGCAGGCAAGAACAGAUUAGCCAAGAAUCUCCAGAAGCCCUGCUGAGAUCAUGCUGGAUAUCCAUGGAACCAGUGCCAGUAUGUGGGGUCAGAGCAAGUGAUAGCCUCCUGCUGCCUUGGAGAUUUGUUAUGGGUAGGGCAAGAGAGAUCCCCAAAUUUCCCUGGGAGAAGUGCUCAUUAGGAUCCACUUUCAGGCAUUUCUUUCCCUAGUGGGCCAGGUGUCAUGCAGGGGGGUUAUAUUCUGUGCAACAGUAUCCACCAUUAAAAAAAAAUAGACAAAACCCAAAAUUGCUCAGAUAUGUUACUCAUUCUUGUUAAGGUCCUAUAAAUCAUAUCAAGUGCAGAAUCUCUCCCCUUUCAGAGAUCUUCAAGCCUGUUGCAUAUGGAUGACCCUCAGGGAUUCCUGCAAGCGUCUUCCUGCCACCUCUUCCCCAUGCUUCCUGCUGAUGGGACCCAGAACCACUCACAGAGCUGCUGGUGAGCAGCAGAAUCAGUUCUGCUCUGUCUUACCCACCGAUCCCGCUGUCCCUUUUUGGGGGCUCCAAAGGGAGCCUACGAGUACAGGCUCCUGGCACAGAAAAGUCCCCAUGGAAGAUGAUGAUUACACCCGGAAAAGUGGCUAUGGCACCCAUUUGAAGGGAUCCGCAGGGAGGGUAAUGGGGAUAUGAGCAGAGAAGGCACCGCCAUCUGGCAGGGGCUGGAGCAGGGUGACUGCAAGAAGAGUCACUUUGGUCACAGGCAUCCCCUGACUCAGGCACGAAGGGGCCUGGCUCCAUCCAGUCUCUUGAGAGCAGAAAAGCCACAGACUCAUGGCUGACUCCCUCGCCUCAUUGUCUGUGCACUGGAGCAGGGAGGGCAGGAGACAGAGGGAGUGUGGGAGCCUUUUUGUCCCCCUGGCUCUGACAGGUCCAUGCCUGCCUGGGAUUGGGGGUGGGUGAGAGACAGGGUAGGGGGACCACCAAAAUAAAUGAACUAAGAAACCAGUCUGAUGAUUCUCCACAAGCUUGGUAUACACGAUGCAAAUUGAUGUUUAAAGCUUAUUUAUUAGCUUACAUGUGAAAUGCCAGCGGUGUUUUUCUAGAUCAGUGGGUAUCCAAUAUUUGGGCGGGGGGAGACGACGGCAGUGGGAGCAAGCAUCGCUAGAGACUGUAUAUCCAGAGGCUAGGGUUUAUAUCAUGGGCUGCUCUCGACUGUUAUAAUUUGUGGCACAGAUUCAGCGAGAAUCUGAUCUGCUGAAAAUAUUUGGGCUGUGAAAACUCCCACACUGUGACAGAUGUCAAGUCCAAUUAAGUGACUCGUGUCCAGGUUUCUGUCCAAUAGGCUUUCCCAUUAAAUACCAAUUUAAGAGGGAAAAAAUGCCGCCCCCUUUUCUCCGAGCCUUUAUCUCUUCCGACCAUCUCUAGGCGAAACCCUUUGGUACCAGAAGUGGAGCCACACGCAUCUCUGCUCCGUCUGUCUGUCUCGCCCCUGCCACCUUCCGCACCCCUCCUUGGCUUCUUUGCCACUCCGGGAGGGGUGGGAGGAGGAACUGCACUUUCUUUUUAUGCAUGUGAGCGUACCUUGUCCUGCACCGCCGUUAUCUCUCACAGCCGCUCUGAACCCGCGCCGAGAUUUUCGUUUAUUUCGUUUCGUUUUUCUUUUUCAGCGUUCGCAUAUUUUCCUUUAUUUUUCACUCGAAAGAUGCAGGAGGAGUUAGGAAGCUCAGGGACGGAUGGGGUUUUCGUUUAUCCUUUUUUUUCUCCCCUCGCCAGUUCUUGAAGGACCAGAAGAAGAACUAAACCAAACAUUCAUUUUCCGACGGCGUCUCCCCCGCUCCUGCCCCUCUCCGCCGGACCGGUGAAUUAACAAAACCUCACGUUACAACCCCCACGCCCCCCCCCCCAAAAAAAAAAAAAAAAAAAAAAAAAGAAUAGAGAAGAAAGGAGGGAGCGACGCAUUGUUACCCCGACCCGCGGCGUGUCUGUGCGCCGGGCCGCGGCGGAACAAAGCCGGCAGCGCCGCGCCGGGCUCCGCGCCCCGGGCUCCGGGCUCCGCGCCUCGGGCCCCGCGACCGGCCCGGCCCGGGAGCGGCGGGGCUGCCGCAGGGAAGGAGAGGCUCAGGGGGCGGGAGAGAGGGAAUAAUCCCGGACGGUGCCGGUGCUGUCGCCGCAUCCCUUUUGUUAUUUAUCGCGGUCGGGGAAGAGGAAGAAAAGCCGGGGAGAGGGCACUUUCCUCCUCUAAAACCGACCGGCCGAAGCCGCCGGUACGCUGAAGCCGCUGCCCCGGACAAGCGGGCGGAGGAGGACUUUGAUGGGGAAACGCUUUUUCUCCCCUGAUGCAUCGUAAGUAACUUAAGUUGUUAUUUAUACUCCGCAAACAAACACGACAGUAUAACAUCUCCCAUCUCUGGAGCGCUGGAGGCCGCGGCGAGGGAUGAGAUCUGCCUUUCCCAAUUCGAGCAGGACACUUUUUCGCCCGUAAUUAAUUUUAUUUGAUUUUGAUUUUUUAAUUUUUCCAUGCACCGCUCCCGAAGGGCCAUUUGAACUGUAAAGGAAUCGCCGAGGGGGCGAGGGGACUUGGAGAGAGAGGCUAUCCAAACGACUCCACCGAGGCUCCUCCGCCCCCUCCAAGAUGAUGCUUAGCCCGGACCAAGCUGCCGACUCCGACCACCCCUCCUCGGCGCCCUCCGACCCGGAGUCCCUGGGCGGCGCGGACGCCCAGGCGCUCAGCUGCUGCGUCUCCGACCCGGAGCCCGCCGAGGGCGGCGGCGGCGAGGGCCGGGGCAGCGGCGGCGGCGGCGAGGGCCGCGGCGGGGGCCGGCCCGGGCUGCACCCGCCGCCGCUGAGCCGGGAGGAGAAGCGCCGGCGGCGCCGCGCCACGGCCAAGUACCGCUCGGCCCACGCCACGCGUGAGCGGAUCCGCGUGGAGGCCUUCAACUUGGCCUUCGCCGAGCUGCGCAAGCUGCUGCCCACCCUGCCCCCCGACAAGAAGCUCUCCAAGAUCGAGAUCCUGCGUCUCGCCAUCUGCUACAUCUCCUAUCUCAACCACGUGCUGGACGUUUAGCGCCCGACGGACGCCCGGAGCCCCGGGACCCCCAGUCCCGUCGCCCCGGGUCCGGCCGCGGCGGGCAGCGCCUUCCCCGGGGCGGGCGGCGGGGCGGGGGGUCCCCGCUGCUUGUGCUCCCCCCGGAGGGCUCCCGCCGAGAGCCCCGCUUUUCGAAGAGGAGUGUAAAACCGGAUUGUCUCUUCAGGCUGUCAAGUGCCCCUUUAUAUAUAUCCAAAAACAUCUACUUGUGACCUUAAACGUGUGACCCAUGGGUGCAGUUAAAAAUAACUAUUUUUUAUUUAUGGUAGAAGGAGUUGACAAUUUAUUUUUUUCAAGAUUUAUUUAUUUUUAAGAGUGGUGGCAAUUUUACUUUGGAUACUUUGUGCCAAUUGGUUUCUAUAGUCGGGUGUUUACACUUUCUCCUGUGGAAUAUUAUGUUUGACUUUAUGAGUGUUUGUUGGGAUCAAUACAGUGUUCAUCUUAUUUUCUUUUUAAUUUAUUUUUUCCCUCCAAUUAUAUUGCACUUGUGUACCAGAAACCUCCCCUCCCUCCCUGUUUAUAAGUAUAUUUUAUAUAUAUCAAGGCAUUUGUUCUUGACCUUUUUUCUUUCUUUCCUUGUGUGGGAUCAACAACCACUAGCACUUAACUAGGAGAGGUUUUUUUUUUUAAAACUUGUUGUUAUUCUGAUCUAUAGUUGAGUCUGAAAAGUACUUUGCAAAUCGUUUAUAAGGGAAGUAGUUUCUUUGUGGGUGUAUAUGUGCGUGUGUGUACACAUGCAUGUGUGUGGGAGUGAGCGUGGGUGUGUAUGUGUGUGGUAUAUUUUUAGGAAAGGACAUUUUUUCCUAAAAAAAAAAAGAAAAAAAAAAGAAAGAAAAGUAAAUCCAGGACUGCUUUCCUUUGUGACAACCAAAAAAAUUCUAUAACCUGAAAAUGUUUCAUGUUCUUUGCUGUGAAUCUCUUAAAACAAGAAGCGCAUUUUAGGGACAAAAGAUAAAAAGAAAAAAAAAAACACAUCUGCUAUCCAAAGAUUUUAGUCUUUUUCAGGGUUUUUUUGUGUGUCUAUGUUGCUUUAUAUAAUGCAAUAUUUUGUAGUGAAAAUAGAUAAAUCUGGUUUCUAUCGGAUGCGUUUUUCAUAUCUCUCAUGAAUGGUGAGCUGUUUUGCAUAUAAAUAAAAGUAUCAAAUAAAA